AAGAAAUAAAACUAAAAGAAAAGAUUAAGAAAAGCAAAAGAAAAUGAAAAAAAAAGUCAGGGUGUACAUGGAAAAAAAUGAGGAUCUGCUGAAAUAGUUGAUUUAGACCAGUGUCCCUUUUAAUUUGACUAAUUUUGACCUACACAAAGUUCACCGUUUCCCUUCUGUGAGCUUUCUUCCUCUCCAUCGCCUUUCCUCUGCCGAACUCCCCGCCGGUCACCUUCUCCGGGGAAAUCGAUCUUUGAUGGAGAUUUCAUCUAGUGGAAAUCGAUUUCGGAGAAUACCACACCACUCUAUUGCUGGUUCCUUGAAUUUAGAUCCACUGCUUGAUGAAAAUUUGGAGCAGUGGCCACAUUUAAAUGAACUUGUGCAGUGUUACAGAACCGACUGGGUAAAAGAUGAGAACAAGUAUGGUCACUAUGAAAGCGUGAGCCCGACUUCAUUUCAGAGUCAAAUAUAUGAGGGUCCUGAUACAGAUAUUGAAACAGAGAUGCAUCUUGCAAAUGCUAGGCGGCCUAAGAUUGAGGAUUCAAUUGAUGGUGAAAUGCCUAGCACUUCCGGGACACAACUCUCUGAAGAUAAUUUCUCUGACCUCUCAAAUGCCGAAGUCUCUAAGCAUUUUGGUGAAUCCCCUCUACCGACUUAUGAACCAGUUUUUGACUGGGAAAGUGAAAGGACAUUAAUAUUUGGGCAAAGGAUUCCUGAAGCUCAUAUGUCCCAGUAUACGAGCGGUCUGAAGAUUGCCGUAAAAGUCCUAUCAUUGUCAUUUCAAGCUGGACUAGUUGAGCCGUUUUAUGGCACAAUUUGUUUAUAUAAUAGGGAGCGAAGAGAAAAACUUUCAGAGGAUUUUAUUUUCCAUGUAUUGCCUAUCGAAAUGCAAGAAGCAAGCAGCUCCUAUGAAAGGCGUUGUAUUUUCCAUCUAGAUGCUCCAUCAGCAUCUAUUUGUCUGCUAAUCCAACUAGAAAAACCUGCCACUGAAGAAGGUGGAGUGUCUCCUUCUGUUUACUCACGAAAGGAGCCAGUUCAUCUGACAGAGAGGGAGAAACAGAAACUACAACUAUGGUCACGGAUCAUGCCUUAUAGGGAUUCCUUUUCCUGGGCCAUCAUUCCACUCUUUGAUAGUAACAUAGCUUCUGUGGGUGGCUCUGCUUCUCCCAGCAGCCCUCUUGCUCCAAGCAUCUCUGCUUCAAGUUCUCAAGAGGGUAUCACUGAGCCACUUUCAAAAAUUACAACAGAUGGAAAGCUUGGAUAUUCAAACGGAAGCUCCAUCGUCGUUGAAGUGUCGAACUUAAACAAAGUCAAAGAAGGAUACACUGAGGAAUCUCUCCAGGAUCCAAAGAGAAAGGUUCAUAAACCAGUAAAAGGUGUCUUGAAAUUGGAAAUCGAAAAGCUGCCAGCUAGCUCUGCUGAAGCUGAAAAUGCUUUGGAGAGUGGGAAUCUGAUCUAUGAUUCUCUUGAUCAUGGUGAUCAUUUGAAUGAUUCGACUUUUAUGAAAUGCCCUACUAAUGGUUCCUUUUCCAAGUCUAAAUCCUCUGCGAUGAAAGAGCUUAUUAGGGAUGGUUCAGCUACUCAUGAAAAUAUGGAAAAUACUGUUGAUGAUUUUGAAGCUUUUGAUUUCCGCACGACGACAAGGAACGAACCGUUCUUGCAGCUCUUUCACUGCUUAUAUGUCUACCCAUUGACUGUUAGUAUGAGUCGGAAACGAAACAUGUUUAUACGAGUUGAGCUGAGAAAGGAUGACACAGAGAUUCGAAAACCACCUCUAGAGGCUAUGCAUCCAAAGGAACCAGGUGUACCACUUCAGAAAUGGUCUCACACACAAGUUGCUGUUGGGGCUAGGGUAGCCAGCUACCAUGAUGAGAUCAAAGUUUCUUUGCCUGCUAUUUGGACACCAUCACAUCACCUUUUGUUUACUUUCUAUCAUGUUGAUCUUCAGACAAAACUUGAAGCACCAAAGCCGGUGGUAAUUGGAUACGCUUCACUUCCAUUAUCAACACAUGCGCAGUUCAGAUCUGAGAUAUCCUUGCCAAUCAUGAAAGAAUUGGUUCCGCAUUAUCUUCAAGAAAGUGGCAAGGAGAGGCUGGAUUACUUGGAGGAUGGAAAGAAUAUCUUCAAGCUUCGGUUACGACUAUGUUCAUCAUUAUACCCAGUGAGUGAGCGCAUUAGGGACUUUUUCCUCGAGUAUGAUAGGCAUACUCUACGGACAAGCCCCCCUUGGGGAUCUGAGCUUCUUGAGGCUAUCAAUAGUUUGAAGAAUGUUGAUUCCACUGCUUUGCUUCAAUUUCUUUAUCCAAUCUUAAACAUGCUUCUCCAUCUUAUUGGUAAUGGGGGAGAGACUCUUCAGGUUGCUGCCUUUAGAGCUACGGUUAAUAUUUUAACAAGGGUGCAUCAAGAGUCGGUUGAUGAAGCUGAGAGAAAUGCUUUCCUAGUUAACUUUGUUGAUUAUGCUUUUGAUGAUUUUGGGGGCCACCAGACGCCAGUCUAUCCUGGUUUGUCCACAGUGUGGGGAAGUUUGGCUCGCAGUAAGGCAAAAGGGUACCGCGUUGGGCCUGUCUAUGAUGAUGUCCUGGCAAUGGCUUGGUUUUUUCUUGAGCUAAUUGUCAAGUCAAUGGCGCUGGAGCAGGCUCGAUCCUUUUAUCACAAUCUUCCAUCGGUCCGACUUCAACUCCGGCGACCGGCGACAACUACUCCGGCGACUCCAGCUAUUGGUGAGGAUGUCCCGCCAAUGCAAUUGAAAGAAGGCGUUUUUAGAUGUGUUGUUCAAUUGUACGAUUGCCUUUUAACAGAAGUUCAUGAGCGCUGCAAGAAAGGUCUAAGCUUGGCCAAGCAUUUAAAUAGUAGUUUGGCUUUUUUUUGUUAUGAUCUUUUAUCCAUCAUCGAGCCUCAUCAAGUUUUUGAACUGGUGUCCUUGUACCUCGAUAAAUUCUCUGGAGUGUGUCAAACAGUGCUGCAUGACUGCAAGCUUACCUUUCUACAAAUCAUAUGCGAUCAUGAUCUUUUUGUUGAAAUGCCUGGACGAGAUCCUUCUGAUCGGAAUUAUCUUUCAUCUAUCUUAAUCCAAGAGAUUUUCCUUACAUGGGAUCACGAUGACUUGUCAAUGAGGGCAAAAGCUGCAAGAAUCUUGGUGGUCCUCAUGUGUAAGCACGAGUUUGAUAUUCGCUACCAAAAGCAAGAGGAUAAAUUAUAUAUUGCUCAAUUAUAUUUUCCCCUUGUUGGUCAGAUCCUGGAUGAGAUGCCUGUCUUUUACAAUCUGAGUACAAUUGAAAAACGUGAAGUCUUGAUUAUCUUUCUGCAAAUAGUGCGCAACUUGGAUGAUGAAACACUUAUUAAAGCUUGGGAGCAGAGCAUUGCCCGAACCAGAUUAUUCUUUAAACUCUUAGAAGAGUGCUUGAUGCAUUUUGAGCAUAGGAAACCUGCUGAUGGCAUGCUUGUUGGUAGUAGUUCUCGUAGUGUGAUAGGGGAUGGACCUUCAUCCCCAAAAUAUUCUGACAGACUUUCACCUGCAAUUAACCACUAUAUGUCUGAGGCAGCAAGGCAAGAAGUCAGAGGAACUCCAGAUAAUGGUUAUUUGUGGCAGAGGGUCAACUCCCAGUUAAGCUCACCUAGUCAGCCAUAUUCUUUGAGAGAAGCCCUAGCUCAAGCCCAGUCCUCCAGAAUUGGAGCUUCAGCACUAGCAUUAAGGGAAUCGUUGCACCCAAUCUUAAGGCAAAAGCUGGAACUUUGGGAAGAGAACCUGAGUGCUGCUGUUAGUCUUCAAGUUUUAGAAGUUUCUGAGAAGUUCUCACGGACUGCCGCAAUGAAGCGAAUUGCUACUGAUUAUGGGAAACUUGAAUGUAUCGCAUCCAUAUUUAUGAAUGUAUUCUCACGAAAUCAACCGCUCUCUUUCUGGAAAGCACUCUUUCCUGUCUUCAACAGUGUCUUUGAACUUCACGGAGCUACAUUGAUGGCAAGAGAAAAUGAUCGUUUCUUAAAGCAAAUUGCUUUCCACCUUCUCCGGCUUGCAGUGUUUCGAAAUGACAAUAUCAGGAAAAGGGCUGUAAUUGGGCUGCAGAUACUUAUUCGGGUUAGGAGCUCGUUCUCUUAUUUUAUGCAGACGGGAAGAUUAAGAGUCAUGCUAACCAUUACAUUGUCAGAGUUAAUGUCUGAAGUUCAAGUAACACAAAUGAAACCUGAUGGAACACUAGAAGAAAGUGGUGAAGCUCGUCGUCUUCGAAAUUCUUUGGAGGAAAUGGCAAAUGAGGCUAAGAGUUCCUCCUUAUUAGUAGAGUCUGGGCUCCCAGGAAAUGCACUGGUUACUGUUCCAGAAGGAUCAGCAGAAAACCGCUGGUCCUGGUCUGAGGUGAAAUUUCUCUCUGAGAGUCUUCUUAUGGCUCUUGAUGCCAGCCUGGAACAUGCACUUCUGGGCUCUGUUAUGAAUGUCGACAGAUAUGCAGCUGCAGAGAGCUUUUAUAAACUAGCGAUGGCAUUUGCUCCUGUGCCAGAUCUUCACAUAAUGUGGUUACUGCAUCUUUGUGAAGCUCAUCAGGAAAUGCAGUCUUGGGCUGAGGCUGCUCAAUGCGCUGUUGCUGUUGCUGGUGUAGUGAUGCAGGCACUUGUGUGUAGGAAUGAUGGUGUCUGGAGCAAGGAUCAUGUGAGUGCAUUACGCAAAAUAUGCCCCAUGGUCAGCAGUGACAUCACUUCUGAGGCUUCAGCAGCUGAGGUGGAGGGAUAUGGUGCAUCAAAACUCACAGUUGACUCGGCUGUGAAGUACUUACAGCUUGCAAAUAAGCUUUUUCAUCAGGCUGAGCUGUUCCAUUUCUGUGCAAGCAUUCUAGAACUUGUAAUCCCGGUAAAUAAAAGCAGGAAGGCAUAUGGACAGCUUGCAAAAUGCCACACUACACUUACUAAUAUCUACGAGUCCAUCCUUGAGCAGGAGUCAAGUCCUAUACCUUUCACAGACGCCACAUAUUAUAGGGUUGGAUUUUAUGGUGAGAAGUUUGGGAAGCUGGACAGGAAUGAAUAUGUUUAUAGAGAGCCUCGUGAUGUGCGAUUAGGUGACAUAAUGGAGAAAUUGAGCCAUAUCUACGAGGCGAGAAUGGAAGGAACUACAUUACACAUAAUUCCUGAUUCGAGGCAAGUCAAAGCAGAUGAGUUGCAGCUUGGAGUCUGCUACCUGCAAAUAACUGCAGUUGAUCCCGUAAUGGAGGAUGAAGAUUUAGGAAGCAGAAGGGAAAGAAUAUUCUCUCUCUCUACGGGAAGUGUCCGUGCUCGGGUCUUUGAUCGGUUUUUGUUUGAUACCCCUUUCACUAAAAAUGGAAAGACCCAAGGAGGAUUGGAAGACCAAUGGAAGCGGCGAACAGUUCUGCAGACCGAGGGAUCUUUUCCUGCCCUAGUGAAUCGACUCUUGGUUAUCAAAUCAGAAUCCCUUGAGUUCUCCCCAGUUGAGAACGCAAUUGGAAUGAUUGAAACUAGGACAGCUGCAUUAAGGAAUGAACUUGAAGAGCCUCGAAGCUCAGAAGGUGAUCAACUUCCCCGUUUGCAGAGUUUACAGAGGAUUCUUCAAGGCUCAGUUGCAGUUCAAGUUAACAGUGGAGUCCUCAGCGUCUGCACAGCUUUCCUUUCUGGUGAGCCUGCAACUAGGUUGCGUUCACAGGAGCUACAACAACUUAUUGCUGCUCUUCUUGAAUUUAUGGCUGUAUGCAAACGUGCUAUUCGAGUACACUUUAGGUUGAUCGGGGAAGAAGAUCAGGAUUUUCAUACUCAGCUUGUAAAUGGGUUCCAGUCUCUCACUGCAGAACUAUCACAUUAUAUUCCUGCAAUUCUUUCAGAGCUUUAGCAGUAUUUGUUAGUUUUCUCUGUGCUGCUUGAAGAAACAUUCCAGGUAUAUGUUCAUCCUGAAACUGCGACUACUUUGCUUUCCUGUAAUCAUCUCUUCUGCAUAUCUUCUAUCAGAUUUCCUUCCAUUUUGUGUGUGUCUGUUCCUUUCAGGAAGGUAGGAUUAGGUAAAUCCUAUUGAUUGCUGCUUUGUCCAGAUAUUCGGGAAAAGCAUGAAAAAAUGACACCAAUGGCACACCCUCCGUCGCCCCAGAAUGAAAAGGGUGAUCUUGUAGUUCUUGGCUAGUGAAAAUGCAUUGUUGGGUCUUCGAUUUUAUUUUUCUGUUAGAAAUUGAAGCUUAACCUUUUGCGAGAUGAGGUAUGUAAUUGAUUCUCAAGAAGAGAGCAGCCAGCGUUCUCUGCACCCCCACCCUAUUAAGUUCCCUUUUUUAAAAAAGAAAAAAUUCUGUGCUAUUUUUCUUAAGACCCCCGAGUAUGUUUCUGCUGGAUGCAUGCAGUAGUGUGCUUUGAUGUAAAAAAACAGGUUCAACUUUUAAUAUUAAAGUUGCGAAAACAAGUGAAUUCAUUCUGUUA